AUGACCUGUGGGUUACCGACAUACGCCACUUGUAAUGGUGGUCCUGCUGAGAUCAUUGUUCAUGGCAAAUCUGGUUUCCACAUUGAUCUGUACCAUGGUGACCAGGCGGCUGAGACUCUUGCUGAUUUCUUCACCAAGUGUAAGCAAGAUCCAUCUCAUUGGGAUCAGAUCUCUUUGGGAGGGCUUCAGAGGAUACAUGAGAAUAUAAACUAUACAUAA